AUGCAACGCGAUAAAGCGAACAAUCUCGCAGCAAUUCUUCCACUUCGGAACUCGACGGCUCUUCGUCAGACCGAAGCAACGCGAACUUCGCCGCUCAUUUUCGAUUAUCUCUCCGUUCUGUUGCGUCUCAUCACUCCAACGAUUCGCCCUGUCGACACUCUCCUUUUAACCGUGUCCGAAAAGCGGCAAAUCGAGCGGAUCACAGAGAUCAUGGCAAACUACGGGAUUGGCUAUGAAUCCCUGCAUAUUUCGGGAGCUCCCAAAAUGAUUCUGAAGCCGAACUUGGUGUCGAUCGCGUCGUAUCCGGAACUGUCCACUCCGUUCGAGUCGGUGAGCAUGACGGUUCGCUUCAAGAUGCAAGCCGAGCUGCAGAAGGUUCUAAUCCGAGGCCAUUAUAAUUCCUUGAUGGGAGAGGAGUCGGAGAUGAUUUCGCGCUCGGUUGUGAUGAAGCGGCCUGCGCGGAGUACGCCUCACAAAAAGAACAUUCCGCAGGAAAGCCCGCUGAAGAAGCUGCGUCCUGAAGUGACGGUGGAGGCGUCCAGUCUGGAGACGGAGAAGACCGCGAUGAGGGUUCCGUUCUUCGCGAUGCAGCAAUCGACCCACGAGAGAAAGACCGUGAAGGGGAUCGUGUAUCGGUACCAAAAGGGAUAUACGUGUGCUGUGCGUCAGCCCGCGACCAUUCGUGAUUUAUUCUAA